CAGUGAGUCAGUGUGACAGUGUGACAGUUGUGACAACCAAGUGCCAGUUCAAGAUCUUUGUUCCUCUGCCGUCCUCUGAUGGAGGUUUUAUACAACAACUCGUACAGACCCCUCAACUACACUGAUGGUGAACUGACAGUGUAUGAGAAGUGCAAAGACACGCCUGCUGUUCUCAUUUGGUACCUGGGCCUGCAGUUCAUCAAUAUGUUCCUGGGCAUCCCGGCCAACCUCAUGGUGCUGUGGCUCAUCCACAAGAGCAAAGGGGACUCGUCCACCUCAGAUAUCUUCAUCUGUCAUCUGGCGAUUUUAGACGUGCUCUUCUGUCUCACCCCUCCGCUUGAGCUGGCCAACAUAGUCUUCCUCACCACCAGCAGCACCUGGUACGUCCUGCGCUUCUUCUACGGCAUCAAAGACUCCUCACCUCUCUUCCUCUGCUGCAUCUGCCUGGACCGCUACAUGGCCGUGGUCCACCCCAUGAUCUUCACCGAGCUCAAGGACCGCCACCACAGAUCAGUCCUGGCCAUCGUAGUCUGGCUGAUCACUCUGGCCUACGCCGCCGCUAAAUGUGUGGGCAACAUCGUCAACUUCGAGAAGGUCUUCACUGUGAUGAUCCUGGCAUCGUUCACCUUCAUGGUGUACUGCAACAUCGCGAUCCUCUAUGUGCUGAGGCAGUCCGGGCCCGGUAGAGACGUGAUGCACCCUGUGAAGAAGAGAGCCUUCAAGAUGGUCCUCAUCAUCCUGGCUAUCAUAGUGUUCAACUACUUCCCACCCGUCCUACUGUUACCCUUCCAGCACUACUACUCCCCCAACGUGUAUCUUUGCUACAUCCACUAUAUCGCAUUCGGCUUGAUGGACUUCAGCAGCAGCAUUCAGCCGUUGCUCUAUCUGUCCAAGGAAAAGCUCAGCUGCUGCCAGAGCGGCGCGACACGACUCCAAUAGGAAUACGUUUCUUUUUUGUUUCUUUUUUAAAUAUAUGAAUGUUCUCUUGUUGUGAAAUAUAGGAGAAUAUAUCAUGUUCUUGUUUGAUCUGAUUAUUAAAAAGAUGUAUUGUGCAGUGGUUUCCAGCCUCCGGGAUGGGUCCCCCAAGGAGGGCUCAAAAGAUUAAAGUUCUUGCCUGUUUUGAGGAAGAAUUAAUUAAUAGCACAUAGGUUAAUAGGUUUCUCAAAAGUAUCUCUGCCAGAGAACAUAACUGCGUAUUAAAUAUUAAACUUUUACGAUAAAGUGCUGGUUCACCAAACGACAAAGUCAAAACACUCCUCAGUUACCGUGGAUGUUAUGUAGCAUGCAGAUAGUUUGUGCUCGUCAAGUUUUAGAGAUACAAGAGCUGAAACAAUCAGUCGAUUGAUCCAUAGAAAAUUAAUCAUUAAACAUUUGAAUCGUUAAAUAUGUUUUUAAGCAUGAAAUGAAAAAGAUUGCAAGUUCUAGCUAAAUAUUUGGGAGUGAAAAAAAAGGUUGAAGACAACAACAUUUUCCACUUUUCUUUCUCAUUUUUUUUUUGACUAAAUAAUUAUUUGAUGAAUUGGAAAAAUAAUCCACAAAUUAAUAAAUAAUGAAAAUCAUUUUUGCAGCCCUAAGAGAUACCAAAUCCCUCCCACCUCAAUGGAACAGAGGUCAAUGGAAUUUUGUUUGUGCUAUAUAAAAUAUUAAAAUUUGACACCAUCUCCACUGUAUUGGGUAAAUGUCGGUCACUUCCAAGUUCAGUCGACUAGUCUUACAUCCGUGUCAUAAACUAACUUUCACAUAUAACACCGUCUGUUAAAACACGACUAUUUUACUAUUAAAAUACCAAACAGUAUCUAAAAGCAAAAACAGUACCGACAGUAAUAAAAGCAAUGUACAAGCAAAAUACAAGCAAAGUAAUGUGUGUGUGUGUGAAGUGAUUAAACAGGCUUUAUACUUCAAGGAAUAAAUGCUGGGAACCACUGCAUUUUGUGCAGGUACAUCACUAUAUACUCUGUAGUAUUUGCUUUUCUGGUUGUACUGAAUGUAUAAAAAUACAUGUAUUUGUACUUUAAAUAAACAAAUGUUUUUCUUGCA